AGCCAGAGGCAGACGUUAUCUCGCAAUCCCAUCUGACAAUCCACAUCAGCUCUCUGAUUUACCUCUGACUGAGAAGGAUGGCAAAGCUGGCCGUGUGCGUCUCUGCUGUGCUGCUGCUGCUGGUGGCGCUCAGUGAAACCUCCUACCGUGGACCUUGCUGCACAAAAACUUAUGACAAGCCAAUUGCGUUAAAAAAUCUGAGGAGUUUCACAGUUCAAAAUGACACAGAGAUCUGCAACAUCAAGGCAAUAAUUUUCCUCACUGUGAAAGACAAACUUGUCUGCGCCAAUCCUGAGAAGCCUUGGGUUAUCAGGGCUAUGAAGCAUCUGGAAAAGGAACAACAAACUGGAUCAGUGGAGGGUCUUCUGAGAAGAUCAGCUUAAAGAUAUCAAUCUAAUUAAUCAGAGUAUUAUAUAUUUGUGAUUUGUGAUGAGUAUAUAUUUGUUUUCACUUUUGUACUCAUUUAUAUUCAAUAAAGUUUAUAUUUUGCUAAAUGU